GAGGGCGGGAGGGAGGGAAUGGGGCUUCUCGAGUCCCAGUUAGGCUGGCCCAGCGGGCAACAGCUGGAGGAGGAGGAGAACCACCACCGACCUCCGGGGCCCCAGGACCCACGCAGCUCCUGAGCUGGUUGAUCUCUCCUGCAGUGCCCAGCAUGUGGACAGGCCUGGGCCCCCUCAUCACACUGGCUCUGGUACUGGCGGUGGCACGGGCCUUGGAGCUCAAGCCCACCACGCCGCCCAUCUUCACAGACCGACCCUUCGUGGUGGCAUGGGACGUGCCCACGCAGGACUGUGCCCCGCGCCACAAGGUGCCACUGGACCUGAGCGCCUUUGAUGUGAAGGCCUCGCCCAAUGAAGGUUUCGUGAACCAGAACAUCACCAUCUUCUAUUACAACCGCCUCAGCCUGUAUCCACGCUUUGAUUCCACCGGGAUGUCAGUGCACGGUGGCGUCCCGCAGAAUGGAAGCCUCUGGGCGCACCUGCAGUUGCUGAGGAAAUCUGUAGAGCACUACAUUCGCUCCUUGGAGCCCCCCGGGCUGGCAGUCAUUGACUGGGAGGAUUGGCGGCCUGUGUGGGUCCGCAACUGGCAGGACAAGGAUGUGUACCGCCAGUCAUCGCGCCAGCUGGUGGCCAGCCGCCACCCUGACUGGCCCCCAGACCGAAUCAUCAAACAAGCACAGUAUGAGUUUGAGUUUGCCGCCCGGCAGUUCAUGCUGGAGACACUACGUUACGUCAAGGCGGUCAGACCUCGACACCUCUGGGGCUUCUACCUCUUUCCCGAUUGCUAUAAUCAUGAUUACGCACAGAACUGGGAGACCUACACGGGCCGCUGUCCUGACGUGGAGGUGGCCCGCAACGACCAGUUAGCCUGGCUGUGGGCGGAGAGCACGGCGCUCUUUCCCUCCGUCUACCUGGAUGAGACACUAGAGUCCUCCACCCAGGGCCGCAACUUUGUCAGCUUCCGUGUUCAAGAGGCUCUCCGCGUGGCUCACACCCAUCAUGCCGAUCACGCGCUCCCCGUCUACGUCUUCACGCGCCCCACCUACUCGCGCAAGCUCAGCGGGCUCACUAUGACGGACCUCAUUUCCACCAUCGGUGAGAGUGCAGCCCUGGGCGCGGCCGGUGUCAUCCUCUGGGGUGACUCGGCGUACACCUCAAGUGUGGAGACGUGCCAGUACCUCAAGAAUUACCUGACGCAGAAGCUGGUCCCCUACGUAGUGAACGUGUCCUGGGCCACCCAGUAUUGCAGUCGGACCCAGUGCCAAGGCCACGGGCGCUGUGUGCGUCGCAACCCCAAUGCCAACACCUUUCUCCACCUCAGUGCCAGCAGCUUCCGCCUGGUGCCUGGCCAGGCACCUGACGAGCCACACCUGCGACCCGAGGGCGAGCUCAGCCGGGCCGACCUCGGCUACCUACAGACGCACUUUCGCUGCCAGUGCUACGUAGGCUGGGGUGGCGAGCAGUGCCAAUGGGACCGCAGGCAGUCGGCCGGAAGGGCCGGCGGGGCUCAGGCCGGGUCUUACCUCACCAGCCUGAUGGCGCUGGCCACCAUCAUCCUCGCCUGGACCUUGUGAAGAGUCUCUUGCCUGGCCACUAGACGAAGCUGGCUAGCCUCUGCCGCGGAGCUCUCCUGGGCAAGUACGAGCCCGAGGGGAAAGACAGACGAGUCUGGAGGGGGCAGAGCCCCCCCCCCAUACCCAGCUGUCCCCCCCACCCCCCUGUUCUAAGGGGGAGGGGAAGUCCCCUCAGAGAUGGGUACAGCUGGGCUGGGGGUGGCUUGACCCUACCCUUCUGCCUUUAGAUAGUUUAUAAUUAUUAUUAUUAUUUGGGGAGUCUCUUUUGUAAAUUAAAUAUUAAAAAACAACUGCUUCUGU